AUGGAGAGUCGGAACAAACUGCCCCUAAAAGUUGACGACUCAGAGGACAUGUUGGUGUACGGAGCUUUAUGCGAUGUGCUUAAUUCCGGGUGGACAAUGCCGUUGGCUUCAAAUCAAGAACUUGAUUUGGAAGUGACGACCGUUGACUAUAACAACAUUCGUCAGGCUUCAAACCAAGAACUUGAUUUCAAAGUGAUGAUCAUUGAUUAUAACAGCAUUGGCCCGGCAACAAAGAAGAAACCAGAGAUGGCGGAGCAUGAGGUACAAGCAUUAGUUGAGAGAACCCGUUACAAGGGAGUGAGGAGACGACCACAGGGAAAUUACGCAAUGGAGAUAAGGGACCGCAAGAAGAACGGCGUGAGGAUUUGGCUUGGGACUUACGAGACAUCUAAGGAUGCAACAUUGGCCUAUAGUCAGGCUACUUUUAAGAUGAGGGGGUCCAAGGCCAAAGCUCAACAGCCCUUGCCUCGUUGGCUUAGCCAAGUACAAGCCUAUCAAGGUCAGCUGAAUGUUUGGUCCACUGAGCCUAACUCGCCAUCCACAUCCAGCGGUGGUGAAGAGGAGAAAGAGAGAGGUGAAUUUGGAAGUCUAAUGCCCUUUCCUGCAUUGGAUAUUGUCUUGUUGAGCAUGGACGAACACUUUUUGUCUUGA